UCCCAUUUCUUUCCCUCCGCAUUCCAUCCACUCUGACGGUUCCGCACUCUGGUCACUCUCCUAUCCAAAACCCACCAAUAGCAAGUAGCAACGCCUGUCUCCAACCCACCGCAAACCACCGUUAAUGGCGGCCUUUACAUUUUCCGCCGCUUCAACAACGCUGGCAAUUUCUACCCUCCACCUCACUCGAGCAUCAUUCCUCUCCAUCCACCGCACUUGUCUCCACACUCUCUCUCCUCGGCUCCGCAUUUCACUCAAUUCCUUCCCGUCUUCCAUCGAAGAACACGAACCCUUGCCCUCCUCGAAGGUUUCCGCUCCAUGGAUUGUCCACGCGCUCCCUACAGCGCGCUCUUUCCAAUCUGUUGCCGACGGCGGGGCGCGGAAGAAGGCGGUCACGGUGAAGAAGAAGGAGAAGAGGACUGCAGAAGAACCUCGAUAUUCGAAAGCUGCUCGCAGGUUUUAUAAUGAGAGAUUUGGGGAGAAGCCUCAGCGGCUUGCUAAGGUACUUGCUGCUGCUGGAGUGGCAUCAAGGAGAAGCAGCGAGGAGCUCAUUUUUCAAGGAAAGGUGACUGUCAACGGUUCUGUCUGUGAUACACCUCAGACAAGAGUUGAUCCUGCCAAAGAUAUUAUUUAUGUCAAGGGAAGCCGCCUGCCUAAAAAGUUGCCAUCGAAGGUGUAUCUUGCUCUGAACAAACCUAAAGGGUACAUAUGCUCUUCUGGAGAGAAAGAGCUCAAAUCUAUUUUGUGCUUGUUUGAUGAUUUUCUGAAGAGUUGGGACAAACAAAAUCCUGGAGAGCCAAAGCCACGACUUUUUACUGUUGGGCGCCUAGAUGUUGCAACAACUGGACUAAUCAUUGUGACUAAUGAUGGUGAUUUUGCUCAAAGAGUAUCACAUCCGUCUUCUAACUUAACGAAGGAAUAUAUUGCCACAGUUAAUGGUGAAGUUCAUAAACGGCAAUUAGUGGCCAUUAUCCAAGGAACUACUAUUGAUGGUGUGCAUUGUACGCCUGAGUAUGUAGAACUACUGCCUAGACAACAAGAUAUUCUCAGAGCCCGCCUUCGUAUUGUGGUUAAUGAAGGAAGAAACCAUGAGGUCCGAGAGCUUGUGAAAAAAGCCGGACUUGAGAUUCACUCCCUGAAACGCAUACGUAUUGGUGGUUUCAAGCUUUCCUCUGGCCUUGGGCUUGGGAAAUAUGUUGAACUGAAAGAAAAUGAUCUCAAAGCCCUGGGAUGGGAGAAGUAAAUAUCUGAAUACUGUGUUUACUUUAUGCCAACUUGGCCAACCGAGGAGAAACUUCUGCUAGACUGAUCAGAAAUGAGAAAUCUUAUCACCAAAGGAUGACCAUACAUUUUGGACCCUGAGUGAGCUAGCAUGUUGCUGCAUUUUCUACACUGGCUGCGCAUAUGGGAGUUUUGAAAACCUAGUUACCCAAAAAUGAAAGACGUGCCCCAAAAGUUCCUUGGAGCCCUCGGAUUUCUAGAAAAUGUGUUCUCCUGGUGUAAAGAAUGUGCAAAUUGUUGUAAGAAAGAUGCUAUUGAAUCAGAAAUCAAGAUGGGAAUCAAGAUGAAGUACGUUGUUUACGUAGCUGGCUCGUUGUCUCCUCUGUACAGUUGAUGAAUGAAGAGCAUAUAUAAUUGUUUUCAAGAUUUAUUGCAGAAACUUUUGUUGUUUUAUUCAGAUAUAAAAACUCUUGAACGGAAUACAUUUUGAAUUUUGUUCGGAUAAGGUACUAUACGAAUGGAGGUUUUGCUCUGCAGGCUGUUACCCGUUUCUCAA